GUGGCCGAGGCCACUGUCAAAUCCCCGAGACUUUUUGCGACUCUAGCGGCUGUCAGACGACCUACCCUUGUCGGCGGAGGGGUCUCUGGUCCCGAGACUGCGGGCAUUGUGUGGAACGAGAGGACCCGCAUCCCUCACGCGGCCGCCUCAGCCAUGUCAACAGCAACUGCAGAGGCCGCGGCGACAGCUGAGGCCCAGGAACAGGGCAGCAGGAACAAAUCCAGCAGCCCUCGCCAAAUCCCAGUGGUCGGAGUGGUGACGGAAGGCGAAGAGGCGCAAAGUACUUUUAAGCCUAUGGACUUAAAUCGUGUCAUCAAACUCCUAGAGGAAACUGAUCAAGGAGAUGAUUUAGAAGAAAAACAACUUAAAUCUGUCAAGAAACUGGUGCAAUGUUAUCAAAAUGGACUUCCCCUAAGGGAUUUAGCACAUAUAUUUAAAAUUCUGGAUCUAUGUGCAGGAAAAAUCGAAAACCAGCCUAAUUUUAUAGAAUCUGCAUAUGAUAUCCUAAAAUUAUGUGGCUUGCCAUUUUUGAAAAAGAAAGCAUCGGAUGAAAUAACAUAUGCUGAAGAUACCUCUAAUUCAAUUGCGCUUCUGGGUAACUUAAUGAAAAUACCAAGUUCUGAAUUGAGGAUACAAAUUUGUAAGUGUAUUGUGGACUUUUACCAUGCAGAACCACCAAAGAAACAUAUUACAGGUUACCAGCAAGCUAGUUCCUCAUAUAAGAUACAAAUGGCCGAAGUUGGAGGAUUAGCAAAAACAAUGGUCCAGUCAAUGGCCUUGCUUGAAAAUCAACUUGUUGAGAAACUUUGGGUUCUUAAAGCUCUGCAACAUCUCUCAACCUCUGAAGUUAAUUGUACCUUAAUGAUGAAAGCGCAGGCAGCCAGUGAAAUCUGUGCUCACCUCAAUGACCCAGAUCCUUCCGGACAGCUCCUAUUUCGUUCAUCAGAAAUACUUUGGAACUUACUGGAAAAGUCUUCAAAGGAAGAAAUCAUACAACAACUCAGUAACUUGGAAUGUUUGCUGGCUUUGAAGGAAGUAUUUAAAAAUCUCGUUAUAAAAGGUUUUAGUCAUUACGAUCGUCAGCUUAGAAACGAUAUAUUAGUAAUCACUACAAUUAUUGCUCAAAAUCCUGGAGCACCAAUGAUUGAAUGUGGCUUUACCAAGGACUUGAUACUAUUUGCAACCUUUAGUGAAGUGAAAAGUCAAAAUCCUUUGGUAAAAGGUAUUAAACUUUCUAAUUCCUAUGAAGAUUUUGAGUUGAAGAAGUUGUUGUUCAAUAUAAUUGUGAUCUUGAGUAGAGAUUUGCCUACUGUACAGUUACUAAUUGAUGGCAAAGUUAUUUUGGCUUUGUUUACCUAUGUAAAAAAGCCUGAGAAACAAAAAACAGUUGAAUGGUCUGCUGCACAAUAUGAAGAAUUACAGUUGCAUGCAAUUGCUACUUUGUCAUCAGUGGCUCCUUUGUUGAUAGAAGAAUACAUGGUGUGCCAGGGAAAUGCUCGGGUCCUUACGUUUCUAGAAUGGUGUGAUAGUGAAGAUUCCUUCUUUAGUCAUGGUAAUAGUUUUCAUGGGACAGGUGGCCGUGGAAAUAAGUUUGCCCAGAUGCGUUACAGUUUAAGACUCCUAAGAGCGAUGGUCUAUCUUGAGAAUGAGACUAUAAACCAUGAUCUUUGUGAAAAGGGAACAAUUCAGCAACUGAUAGGAAUGUUUAAAAACACAAUACACAAGUCUAAUGAUAAGGAAGAGGCCAUUGUUUUGGAAAUUCAGUCUGAUAUAUUACUUAUCUUAUCUGGCCUUUGUGAACAUCACAUUCCUAGAAAGGAAAUUUUUGGAACGGAAGGAGUGGAUAUGAUUCUUCACGUUAUGAAAACAGACCCCAAGAAGUUACAGAGUGGAGUAGGCUAUAAUGUACUUCUUUUUAGCACAUUAGACAGCAUUUGGUGCUGCAUUUUGGGUUGUUACCCUUCAGAGGAUUACUUUCUUGAAAAGGAAGGAAUUUUUCUCCUCUUGGAUUUAUUGGCACUGAACCAAAAAAAAUUCUGUAAUCUAAUACUUGGAAUAAUGGUUGAAUUUUGUGAUAAUCCCAAAACUACGGCUCAUGUCAAGGCUUGGCGAGGGAAAAAGGACCAGACAGCUGCUAGUCUUUUAAUUAAAUUGUGGCGAAAGGAAGAGAAAGAACUAGGAGUAAAACGUGAUAAAUAUGGGAAGAUCAUUGAUACAAAGACACCUCUAUUUACUAGUUUUCAAGAAGAACAAAAAUUCAUAUCACUGCCUGCUAACUGUCCAACUAUAGCAGUUAUGGAUGUUGCUGAGAAUAUCAGGGCAAAAAUUUAUGCUGUGUUGGGCAAACUAGAUUUUGAAAAUUUACCUGGCCUAUCUGCUGAAGAUUUUGUCACCCUCUGUAUCAUACAUAGAUAUCUUGAUUUUAAAAUUGGAGAAAUAUGGAAUGAAAUAAAUGAAGAAAUAAAAUUAGAAAAAUUAAGACCAGUCACUACAGAUAGAAAAAAUUUGGAGGCUAUUACAACAGCAUCAGAAAAUAUUGGAAAGAUGGUUGCUUCCCUGCAAACUGAGAUGAUUGAAAGCCAAGUACGCCAAGAUGUGCAAAAUGAACAAAAAGUGUAUACGAAAAUACAAGCUACACAUAAGCAAAGAGAAUUGGCUAAUAAAUCAUGGGAAAAUUUCUUAGCUAGAACAUCAAAUGCUAAAACUUUAAAGAAAGCAAAAAGACUCCAAGAAAAAGCCAUAGAAUCCUCCAGAUACAAUGAGCGACCGUCAAAUGCAAUAUUACACCGGACAGAUAUUCAAGGCCUUAAUACUACGGUGCCCUCUGGUCGGGUGGUCAUAGUGGAGAGCACGCCUGCCCGACUGGUGGGAGGGCCUCUGGUUGAUACAGAUAUGGCUGUGAGGAAGCUGCCCAUUAGAGGAGGAGCCUUGCAGAGGGUGAAAGCAGCAAAGACUGUGGAUGAGUCCAAGAAGAGUGUUCCUACAUAAAAUACUCUAGAGACUUUUGGAAAUAAAUCCUGCUUAUAAUUUUUUAGUUGAACAUAUCUUUAUAUGCAAAUGUAAAGCAAAUAUUUUAGCAUAAAAUUUAGCAAAAUAUAAAAAUAAAAACAUAUAUAAUUUAUUUUUCUUGAAAAUUUCAACACAUAGUGUCAGAAAAGUUGUCAUCAUUUCUUUGGAAAGAUUACUAUCUUAAUUGAAAUUGUAGAACAUGUUGCAUCAGUCAGGAUUCUUCAUUGGUGUGAACUACUCCAACUGGUUUCAGGCAAAAUAAAACUUCCAUAGGCUCUACCACUAUGAAAUCUAGGGGUAAUUAAGACUAUAGGCAUUGUUGGCUCCAGGGACUGAAAGUGUGAGUAGGAUCUUCUCCCCUAGCAUCUCCUGGGUUAUACUCUCCCAGGCGGACAGCUAGUAGAAAGGUGCAUGCCUGUCUCUCAGCAGUUCUGCAGCCGUCUCUGCACCUGUGGUCAUACAUAUGCCUGGCCAUACAUAGGCCCAUUCCUGAGGCACUCAGCAUGGCUGGCCAGAGAUGAGAACUAUUCAUGCCUGGAAUGGGAAGCAGACCAGGCCCAACCACAGCAUAUGGACAGAAAAGAGAAUGAGGAUUUUGUUAUCAGGAAACAUAUAAGUACUGGGCAACAAAGAAGUUUGUAACAAAUAUGUUGAUCAAAGUAAAAAUACAUGUGUAGGAGUGGAUAUACAUACACAGAUGUACUUGUAUGUGCACACAUUUGCUUUGUUCUGUAUCUUGACACAAGGCAACCAUUUGACAAAAAAGUUCAUCCU